GGGAUAAUUUUGCCGUGAUCAGCGCAUUCUCCUGGGCUCAUUGAUCCCGGUUUCAGAGAAUUCGGCCGCCGGGAAAGCGGACUUUUGACCGUUUUUGCGAAAUUCGGUUUUCGAUUUUUAAUUCGGCCUGCGAGCGUCCCCGAGCGGAAACAACGGCACCGGGCUACUCCUCGGAGUCUGAGCUUUCCGGGGAUAUAUAGGUUUCCCGGGGGGAAUGCAUUUUUAAACACUUUUAUGGAGAUCGAAAAUGUCCGGAAACACCGGUAAUCCCGUAUCCGCUACUCCCGCGUCCCGUGAACACCGCACAGCGCAACGAACGGCACCGGCACACUGCUCACGGUCUAAGCUUUCCGGCAAUAUAUAGGUUUCCCUGGGGGAAUGCAUUUUUAAACAUUUUUCAUGGAAGUCAAAAAUAGUACCGCAUUGUCGGAUUCAUCCCUAACCCCACAUAGACUUCAAGGCUUCAAGACCGCUUCGGCGGCUGGAGUUCGGAUUAAAGGGGCGCAAUCCGGAUCAAAGGGGCACAAUUCGGAUGAAAGGGGUUCUCUCAGCGGAGGAUGGGGUUCUCUCAGCGGAGGAUGGGGUUCUGUCAGCGGAGGAUGGGGUUUUCUGGGCGGAGGAAAGGGCGCAGCGGAUAAUUGGGGCACGCAGGCGGCCAGCUGCGCACAUCUGCCUCCUGGCGGAUAAUUGGGGCCAACUCAGCACACCUGUUUAGAAGCUUAAAAAGGCAUGGCUCUCCCUGCACCUUUUCACUUGCUUUCUGCCCUCAGAGGAGAGAGAGAUGACCCGUACGAAGGUACAGAAUCGCUGCCCGAUCUGCAGAAAAAACUCCUGGAAGCUGGGCUUACAUCUGGAGGCCCAACACGCCGUUAAGAACCAGACAGAGCGUCGGUACCUCCUGGCUUUUGCUGCAGGACGCGUGAGUGUGUCAGGUAUGGCCUGCCCUGUUAAAGCCUGCACUUAUUCUGGAAACAGAGUAGACCGGCAUCUGAAAGAGACACAUGGCCAGAAAGGUCGUGCAGAGCAGCACCUACAACAGCUGCAGUGGAGCAAGACUCUGCAGCUGUUGUCCGAACUGCGGAGGUCCGAAGCCCAGCCGCCCAUUGCUUCCUGUCUGGACGUGGAGGGGGCUCAGCCCGCACAGCCCAGCCCGCCUGGUUCUCCAGCUGCGUCCAGGCAUGGUUCUCCAGCUGCGUCCAGGCAUGGUUCUCCAGCUGCGUCCAGGCAUGGUUCUCCAGCUGCGUCCAGGCAUGGUUCUCCAGCUGCGUCCAGGCAUGGUUCUCCAGCUGCGUCCAGGCAUGGUUCUCCAGCUGCGUCCAGGCAUGGUUCUCCAGCUGCGUCCAGGCAUGGUUCUCCAGCUGCGUCCAGGCAUGGUUCUCCAGCUGCGUCCAGGCAUGGUUCUCCAGCUGCGUCCAGGCAUGGUUCUCCAGCUGCGUCCAGGCAUGGUUCUCCAUGGUACACGCAGUUGUCCACGGUUCCAUGGAGCCGCCUGAUUGCAAGCAGCGAGGAGGAGGACGACGACAUGGAGCAGCCCUCGCCUUCCUCCCGGGUGGGUAGAAGCCGUUCUCCUCCCCCAUCAACCAUUUUUCCACCAUGUAUUUGCAGCUAUCUGGCAGAGUACAGAGUACAUUUGGUUGGUGCACUGCCGAAUGCCAAGCACGUGGAGAACUGUGGGUCCAAGAUGACCCGCUUGAGGAUUUUCCUGACCCAUCUAAGCGAGGGGAAGUCCGAGCUUGAGUCCUGGCAGUUUAUGGAUGACCUGCGUAGAAUCAUGGCUUGGCCUGGACGCCUUAAGGAACUGGGGAAAGCGGUAACUACCAUCAAAGUGUACCUGGUGAACGUGGCACAGUUCCUGGCUUACUUUUCAGACACACCGCCCCCAGAGUGCACGCUCUCCAGGGCGCAGAUGGUGCGUGCGGUCAGGGCCGUGAAGGCUGCUUCGUCCCAGAUCUCAACCAGUGUCGUGCUCCGGCAAAUCCGGGUGAAGGAGGUCAAAGAGAGGAGGAUGGUAACAGCAAGACUCCUCCUUAGGUGUAGGACUUCUGCUAGGCGGAAGAUCCCCCGGCUGCUGCAGAAGCUCGAGGCCAAGCCCUGCGCAGUGGAGCUCCGGCACAGGUUCUACGGGUACUUUGUGCUAUAUGUAACGGCACUCUAUGGCCAUCGCCCUGGGGUGAUCACCAACUUGACUACUGCGGAGGUCCGAGAUGCCAGAGGCAGAGCUUCAAGCACCUCUGCUGGGUUCGUGAUUAAUGUUGAGAACCACAAGACCAGUCGCAGUUUCGGGGUCGCUCAGCUCUACCUGGAUGCAGAUGAGUUUGGCUGGAUCACUCGCUGGAUCGCGGUCAGGGCCACGUUGAAGCCGACCUGUGACCUAGUCCUCUUCAGCACCACACAUGGACGGGUGAAAAGCCUCGCCCGGGAUGCGCAGAGGGCCUGGUGCGAGAUGGGGCUCAGAGGGAACCCGACUAUGACCGACAUCCGCUCAUCUGUGGCAACACUGGCAAGGAACACUCAGUCCGUGGACGUGCGGAGCCAAAUGUGCAGACUGAUGUGCCACGACACAGCCACUGCUGACAGAUACUACGCAUUUAAACUGGGUGAAACCCAGCUGGCAGAGCUCAGGAGGCGGUUUGAAGAUGCCACACAGCCAGCCUCUACCUCCUCAAGUGAGGAGGAAGAGUGAAAACAGAAAGACCGUGCUUAAUAAAGACACUUAC